UGUUGUUUUUAAAGAUAAAAUGUGAAAUAUCGCUAGUUUUAUUUAAUUAAUAUUUUAAACCCAUAUCUUCAUGAAGGCUUAGAGAGCUGUUUAGUGAUGACGUCAUCGCCAGUAUUCUUGCUUCUUAUUGGCUUUCCGUUAAAACUUAAGUGCGCUCAGCUGCUCCUGGAGCUUCAGGUCAGGGUUUGUUUGAGGUUUUGGGGUUUUUGCGUCAUGGCCACACCGCGCAGGAUUCAGCUCACUACCCCCUCUCACCCUGUCUCUCUUCAUUCUGCUGGUAAUAACCUCAGUGGGACUGGUUUCCUCCACACACAGGGGUUGUUUAACCCUCCUGCUCCACCCUGCCAGGCUGAGAGGACGCUCAGUGCCCGGAUGGAGCUGGUGCUGUUUGAGCCGGAUGACGCACGCUGUGCGGAGUUUCACUACCCGGAACUCAGUGCGGUCAGAGGUAAAGGUGGUGGUGAGACUUUGAGAGAGAUGAUGGAGGAGGGAAAGGGUGGAGAUGGAGAUGAAGAUGAGCUCCAGGUUCUGGCCACAAUGUUCCAGAAGAAAUAUGGCGGAGCGCCUAAACCGAGGAGAGACCGAGUGCAGGAUUUGGUGGACAUGGGCGAUGGAUACGACGACACCGACUCCUUUAUCGAUAACUCCGAGGCGUAUGACGAGUUGGUUCCAGCCUGUCUGACCACCAAGUACGGAGGAUUUUACAUCAACGUCGGGACUCUUCAGUUUCGACAGGCUUCAGGGGAAGAGAACGAGACCGACGACUUUGAGGAGAACGUUCAACCCCAGAAACGCAAAUUGAAAGAAGGAGGCAAGGCGAACAUGAACAUGAACAGGAAGAAGAGAAAAGAGGACGUUCAGCCUAAAGGAGAAAGCACAAAACACAGGUUCUCAUGUGUUCCAAAAAAUGAAUUGCGUAAGCAGCAGUACCUCGAUGGCAUGUUGAGGAAAUUUCACAAGGAGAAGCUUCAGGAGCUCCAGCUGUUCAACACGACGAGGAAGGAAUCGCCUCCGGGAGAUAACCGCGACUCCACGACUCCGGCCGAGCCCGUCUCGACCGAUCCGCCGCCGACGCUCGUUGAUGGAGCCAGCGCUGAUGAGUUUCACCAUGCAGUGAUGGAGCAGGAUGAGCUCCUGAUGAACGAUCCGGACCAGGAGACUCGGGAUGAGACGUCUCGGGCUUCUGUUCCCGAUGGUUCACCUCCUACGCAGGGACGAGUCCUGCAGGAACUUACUCGGGACGAUCAGCUGACGGUUCUGAUCCGCAGACUGGAGGAGGCGGUGUUCCGGGUCAUGCCCGAGCAGAUCGAGCGCUUCAACGAUCACUGCCAAGCUCACUCCGAAGCCAGAGCUGCAAAACUGGAAGCUGUGAAAGAAAGGCGAGCUGUAGAAGGAUCAGACGAACAGGAGGACGAUUCGAGUGGAAAACGACUUUUCGCGCCUCGCAAGAGAUUCCGGUGGAACGAGGAGAUCAGGGAGUCGUUAUGCGAGGUGGUGAGGAUGAAGAUGAGCAGCUACGCGCUCGACGCUCCCGGUAAUCAGAGUUUAGAGGGUUAUCUGAAGGGUUUUUUGGAGGCGAGGGUGAAAACGCUGUGGCCUAGAGGAUGGAUGCAGUCCAGGAUCCUGCUGAUCGAGAGCCGGAGGGUUCACGCUCACGUCACGGGCGUAGUGGCGAGGAAGAAGUCCGCGGCCGGGCCGAAGCCGGAAAAGUGUGAAGAAAACGUGGCUGUUCGGACGGGUCCCGGGAACCAGGCGCGGUCGGGAGCGAAGCGUACGUGUCUCGGCUUUCCCACGAGCGCCUCGCGUGACGUUAAGAUUAACGUAGGAGUAUUUCAGCCGAUCCGAAUCGGACUCUCUUUCCUUUCAGCUCGGAAGGUCCCCGUCGCUUGUGGAGACGUGUCGGUUCUGCAGCGACGUCCUGCCGAGGAGAAGGAACCCCGAGACGUCUCGGCUGUCGAGCGAGACGUCUACUUUCCCCCGAGUCUCCUCUGCGGUGCUGUGGCAGCGAUGGAGGGCUCGUGUGGAGAUCCGGCUCUUCCCACUCCGUCGCUCUCCCACCAGACGUGGUCUCCUCGCAGUGCUCCGCAGUCACGAGCUUCUGCAACACCUCUGCACGCUUUACCCUUCCCCGGUCUUCCUCGUGAUGAUGAUGAUGAUGAUGAUGAUGAUGGCAAACCUGCCGGUCAUACAGAGAUCUGCAGAACCUCCGUACUCACCAGCGCAGCUCCUGGAACGUUCCAGCUCUCGCACGACGGAAGUCAGAACGGUGCAGGAGGACCGAACGCUCCGAGAAAACCGCACUGAGGAAGAGGAACGCCGGGAGGAAACGCAGACGAUGACGAAACCCGCGUUCGUUUACAUCCCCCUUAACGGAACAGGACUUUACAGUGGUGAGAGCGCAACGGAAAGGUCAUUUCUGUCGUUUUGUUUAAAACAGGAAAAUUGAUAUAAACUCAAAUGCUGUGUUAUUUGACUUGGUUUAAAAGUGAAAAGCUGCUUCGGCCCCAGAUUUAUUUUUAUGUCAUUUUCUUUGUUUUGUGAUCUGCUGAAAUCAAUCUUUUUUUUUUUUUUUUUUUUUUUUUUUGUCCAUUGCAAAGAAAAUGUUAUCGUGUACGGAUUAUACUGAUGUACUGACUCCGCCUCCUGUUUAAAUCCAUUUAAAAAAUGUUACUUUGCGAUGGAAAAACGUCACUUGCUGCCGUUGGAUCUUAAAGUCGGACGACGAGGCGCAUGAAUAUGGAGAAUAAAAGCAGUGCCUGUAUUUACACAAUAUUUCUAAUAAAAUAUGACGAACAUGACGUACAGUGCGAUGUUUCUGUUUCUUAGAUUUGUGGAUUUGUACCAGACUCUUUCGCCUAUAUUUAUUUUUUGCGUUUUUUCCGGUUCACUCCACUUCAUUUUUGUUUUUCCAUAACUGUAAUACAUGAAAGUGACCAGCAGGGGGGGUGGGGGUCUUUACACACAGGCCAAGUAAAAAAAUGAACUAUCCUGACAAUCGGGGUCAGUCCCUUAUUCCUGACCUUCUACACUUCCUUCAUUCUUUCUUUCUAUCCUUCCUUAU